CUCCGGUCUUUAUUAAAUUUGUAAAACGUCCAUGCUUUUAUAACAGGGGCGUACCGCACGCAGCUCAAAUCUGCUCUCACUGUGUCGCCCAACAAUCUCUUUGGAUCCAAUCCUUUGGUUACCUAUGACAAGGCUAAAAAGAAGCCGAUGCAUACAGUGGCGUCUUGGUUGGUUACCCAGCUAUAACACUACUCGCUGCCUUCGACACACCUCACAGCUCCUUACAAAGCAACAUGCCAUCUAUUGCCUCGACAUGCAUCACCGUCUACAAAUACCGAAGUCUAUAACUGAUCCUCUAUCCCUCCUUUUAAAUAAGCUUCCCACUCGAAGACCACACUCUUUUCAAACAAAAUCGUUUUGGACUAUCAGAUGGCCCGUAAUCUGCGCUAUCUUACAUGAGCUUGAUCACAUAUACCAUGGAAAAGAGUCACCAUCACCAUCUGACCCAGGGCAGAAACUGAUUAAAUGGUUAUUUAAUUCUUCAUAGCAGUGUUUUUUAACACUUGUUCCGUGAAUUUGUCAGCCAAAGCAUUUUUGUCCUCGAGCCCAGAGGGAUUUUUAGAUACUGCUUUACAACUUAAACUGGCCAGGGCAA